CUGAUACUUGUCAAAAGUGAAAAAUUAUCAAUCCACGUGAAGUAUUUGGAGGAUUUGGAGUAUUUCUAUAUUUUAUAAUAUAGUGAAACAUUAAUUGAGAUUGAUCGUGAUAGAAUAAAUAAGUCACGAUGGCGGAAUUCGUAGAAAAGCGAUGCGAGGAUAUGAUUCUAGAACUCGAACAAAUGGAGAGAAUAAAAUUGUUCGAUAAGAAUGAAGUCAGAGGUAUAGCUAAAAAUCGAAAAGAACAUGAGUAUAAAAUAGAAAGACACACAAAGUGUAAAGAAGAUUAUUUGAGAUAUAUUCAAUAUGAAAUGGAUCUUCUGAAACUUGUCAAGCAGCGCAGAGAGAAACUUGGCAUCACUCAAAAAAAGUCGAGCAUUGAUUAUGCGAUUGCAAACAGAGUUAAUCGUUUGUAUAAACAGGCAAUAUACCGUUUUCAAGACGAUGUUCGAUUUUGGAUUGCAUAUAUGAAAUUUUGUAAAAAUGUUGGUUUCCAAAGUUCCCUUGGUCGAAUGCUUGGGAAAAUGUUACAAAUCCACCAGGAUAAGCCAAAGUGUUGGCACAUUGCCGCACAGUGGGAAAUAGAAGAAAGUAAAGAUUUACAAAAUGCCAGACAACUUCUAUUACGUGGCUUGCAUUUUCAUCCAAGUUCCUCAUUACUUUUUAUCGAUAUGUACAAAUUGGAGUUGAAAGAGGCUCUUUUAAAACAAAGUCAAGGUAGCAAAACAGAAGAAUUGCCAACUGGUGAAGAUGGCGAAAUUCCAAAAGAAUGGAAGAGAGUCCAUGUGGUUUAUGAGCAAGCAUUCAAGAUGGUGAAGGAUAUUAAAUUUGUCAUUGAAUUGCUAAAUGUUACAAAAGAAUUUGAGAACACUGAAUCAUUACAAAAUAAAAUUGUCAAUGACAUGGUAAAAGAAUAUUCUAACGAGCCGCUAUUGUGGGACACAAUGGCAAGACGUGAAUUAUUAGAAACUUCGAGUACUAAUAAUGCAGCAAUGGAAGUUGAUUGCGCUGAAGUAUCGUCCUUAAGAGAUCGCAUACUCUCUUGCAAUGAGAUAUUUCAAGUGGCUGUUAAGAAACUUCGAAACGAGGAAAUUUGGUCCCUUUACAUUGACUGUCUUCUAGAUUUAAAUCAAGAAAAUCAAUCUUUACCUAAUCUCAAAAGAAAAUUAUUAAAAACAGCUUUAUCACAAGCACAUCAAGCGAAAAAUUUAAAAGAACAACAUUACUUAUAUUGGAUUAAAAUGCUGAGUAAUGAUAAGAAAGAUGAAAAUACCCAGACAAAAUUAGCCCAAGUUUUGGCGUGGUCAACUGAAAGUUAUCCCCAAAGUGAAAAACUCUGGCAUCUUAGAUUAAGUUAUCUUCUCACGACGAAUAAUGAAGACCAGUCGAAUGAAUUAUUUAAACAAGCUACAGAGCAAUUGGGAGAGAAAUCGUUAUCUCUUUGGAAAAUGAAAUUAUUGCACGUACAAGCAAAGAAUCCGGAAAAGAUUCAAGAAUUCUUUCAAGCUGCACUCCUUGGUCCUCAGAAUGUAGCAAAGGAUAUGAAACCAUUGUAUUUGGAGUGGGCAGUGUUAACAAAAAAUAUUACGGAGACUCGAAAAAUUUACAAUUCAAUAACUCAGCAACCGCCAUUCUCCUACGAAUUGCAUAAAAAAAUGAUAGAAAUCGAAAAUAUGCAAUCAAAAAUAUCUCUACAGUACACGAGAAAUGCUUAUGAAUUAGCAAUAAUGCAAUUUGGCAAGAAUCGAACUGAUUUAUGGUUGGAUUACACGAUAUUUGAAAUGAAACAUGGCGAUCCAUUGAAAGCGGCCGAGAUACAUGCAAGAGCAGUGAAAACAUUGUAUGCAAAAUUAACUGAUAAAUUUAUAGCCGAUUAUACAUUACUUAAAGCAAAUCCCGAAUCGAAAAGUACAUCUCGUAAUUAAGGUUUGUCUCGUAAUUUUAAUUUAUAAAUAUAUGUGUACAGUAAGAAUAAAGAAUUGACUUAAUUUUCCAGAGGAA